CUUUGAUAGGAAACUAGUGCUACAAAUAGGAAUAAUUGUUCACUGAGGAAGUCUACACACACUACUGGGACAAAAAGUUUCGCUCGACAGAGGGAAGAAAUGAAAGAUGCAGAUCCUGAAAAGAAGUAUCCUCAUAGGGCUCACUUGUUCAUCCAUACGCACAAGCCGAAAACUUGCAAGAACAAACUAAUUAAUGCUCAUGUGGAAGAGUUGAAGGAUAUUAUGGGAAAAAACCCUGAAUUAGCAGAUAACAGUGAUGGCAAGAUUGCAUGGAAAGGAGAUGCGUUAAACAGAGUAUUAGGAGAUGACAAGCCUGGUCAUGUACAUGGUUUGGGACUAGUUCCAUACCCGAAAAAACUUUUUGAUGUUUCUACUUCACGUAUAUUCCAGAAUACACAUUUUACUUCGGUGGAGGACACACCAAAUGAAGAUAUGCUAGCAUUUAGAGUUGAACUGGAAAAGUUACAGCAAGAUAAGAAAAAUCAAGAUGCUAAAAUUAUGGAACUACAGGAGCAGAUGAGAAGAAUGGAAAGACAACCAAAUCAGGAAAUUUCAGAUCCAAUGGCUACCAUUGGGCUAGAACCUUCGGUUGAUGGACAUAACUCAAACAGAAAAAGGGUGCUUGCUCCUCCCGUUGAUAGACUCCGACUUGUUAAAACACGACCAAGUAAUUUACAGAACAAGCGAAGUGGUUCAAAUGGUGCAGAUUUGGAAAUAUCAAACAACAAUUCUGUUUCAGAUAAGAACAAACAAACUAUGGUUCAUAAUGGUGGCAGUGCACGACAACUAGAACAAUGUUCUGCUGCACCCAAGAAUGUUGUCCAGAACCAUGAAACUUCUGAUCAUAAUUUUAGUGCAUGGCAAGGGGAGAUAAAUUCUGCUGCGCAAAAGAACGCUGUCCAAAACAAAGAAAAUUUACUUGAGGAUGUCAGUGCGCGUCAGGGGGAAAAAACUUCUGCUUCAAAUAAGCUGACUGUUGUCCAGCCCAAAAAAACAACAAAAGGUGCUAAUGCAAGCAGUAAGAGUCCUCAAAGUGCUUCCCUGAGUUGGUUGGGUGCCAAUGAACUACCUGUAGGAACUAAAGUAUUCUUGAAGAGCCUGAAAAAACAUAAUAGGGACGUAGCUCUUGCUACAAUUGUAAGUUGUGAUCCUAAAUUUAAACUUGAUGGUGCUGAAAUUGGAAACGAAUUCUGGGCGGUGCAUGUCGAUAUGGCACUUGAGAAAAUUGAAAAUUUGGUACGGAGUCGAAAAAUUGCAAUACUCUCAGUAAUGCUGAAAAAACAAAGAUUGCAUGGCCUUCAACCUUUAUUCAGAAGAUAAAUGGAUGAGUAUAUGGGUGUGUGGCAACUCAACUGCAAAGAAAGAUGUUGAUGGUCCAUUUCGUCAUGAUGAUGAUGAUGUUGAUCGAUGGAUGCUAUCAGUUUUAGUUAUGUCGUAGGGAUAACGUUCCUGUUGGAUGUUGUUCCUUGGUUAAGUUUUAAUUAAGUUGUAGGGAUGUUGAUGGAUGCUUUCGUUUAAGUUUCAGUGUCAGAAAAUAGUUAGAUUAUGCAUCACAUUUGGAUGAUGUUCUCCUGUAAUAACCACUAUUGUAAUCCGACAAUUUUAUCUAAUAUAUGAUUUCUUUG